GGCGAAGCGCGCGCUGUUACUUGUUCGUGCUCAGCGCACGCUCGUCGGAAUGUUUGGUAACCACAGAACCCGAUGCUGCGUCAAGCAUUCGUCGCCUCCGUUCUAGCGAUAUCUCUCGCAUGUCCAGCAAUGGCUUGGCUAUCCUUUCAUGGCCUCAAUAACAAUGAAUUGGUCAACUACUUAAAAAGGGCUGGAAUAGUUGUCAGCGACAGAGUGGAAAGCGUCAUGAAAUCUGUGGACCGCGGAAACUACACCAGCCACAAUCCGUACGAGGAUUCGCCACAGCAAAUCGGGUACGCUGUUACCAUCAGCGCUCCGCACAUGCACGCCCAGGCACUAGAAUCCCUGAAGGAUCAUCUGCACGAUGGUGCCAGGGCGCUAGAUGUCGGAUCCGGCAGCGGCUACUUAACGGCUUGCAUGGCUUUGAUGAUCGGCAACAACGGAUUGGUUGUAGGCAUCGAUCACAUUCCAGAGUUGGUGAACAUGUCUAUCAAGAACAUCAAGAAGGAUCAACCGGGCCUUAUCGAGUCCCAGAGGAUCAAGAUGAUUGUUGGAGAUGGCCGAGAUGGAUUCGCUCCGGACAGUCCCUACGAUGCCAUUCAUGUUGGAGCGGCCGCCCCGGAAUUGCCCAUGAAGCUGCUGCAGCAGUUGAAGACUGGAGGUCGCAUGAUCUGUCCGGUUGGUCGCGGAAGCUUCAGCCAGACACUGGAGCAAAUUGACAAGCUUCCAGACGGGACGGUGAAGAGAACCGAGCUGGCUGACGUGGCGUUUGUGCCACUCACGGACAGAGAAUCCCAAUGGCCCUCUAACAGAGCCUAAACAGAUGGACAGACAAGCUGCAAGAGGGCUCAGCAGUUGUCCUGCAAAUGUUACCGUGCCAAAUAUAAUCUCGCGAUAGACUUGCAUAAACGUUCUUCGUUCA